AUGAAGCGAUCGAUUAACGACGUCGAGCAAGAUACCGCAGGGCUCGCUGGAUCCGCACGGGACCCAAAGAGACCUCGUACUGAGUAUAAUUAUGAAGCAGUACCAAAGCAGUUCCCAAAGCCAAUGAUGAAGCAACCAACCAAAGCAGACACUACAGUCCCAGCAAAGGACACACUCGAGGGUUUGGUCGUUCACACCGCCAAGGAGCUGCACACUUUGAUCUCGCUUGAGAUUGACAAGCAGAGGGAACUCCUUUGCAGCAGAUUUUAUACCAGCUCCUUGAGGGAAUUCACCCAGGAUAUGAUGGACUUCUGGUGUCGGGAAGCACAGGUAUUUGAGGAUAAAACGCUGGCACAAUGGAGCCUCGAUACCAAGGAUAUAGAGUCGCCUAGAGGCAUGGUGCUGCAGAUGAUGAAGCGACAGUACGAGAUACUGCAGAAGGCCUGGCACAAACAAUUCCCACCACCAAAAGAUACCAGGUCGUUUGAAUACCAGCAUUAUCGAGAGCACGCCAAACGAUCGAUCCUGAUAAGCCAGCUUCAAGAACUGCGGAAGUGGACAGCAAGAUGGCAGCAACGCUUGAGGGUAGAGAUUGACCAGCCUCGGGCGGGCUCAAGCAGACACAGAAAUGAUGGUCUACGCCAGAGACCGGAACGAUCGGCGACUAGUCAACACAGGCUUCGAAACAACCAAGAGCAUCGAAAUCGGCAAUUGCCUCUGCCAGCUCGGGACCAGAAUCUGCCAGUGCAAGGAGGAGCUCGACCAAGUCGUCCAUCAAUGGCUCGUGAUCGGCCACAACAGCGAGAUUGUUCAAGAAUGUUCAUCGAUUAUUGCCGCCGAUUUUCGCCACCCAAGACUCAGCAUAUCCGUACUCCAGAUCUGUUGACAGCACAAAGUGACCAUCUCGGUCAACAUACAUGGAAAGUUCAGCAACCUCAAGAGCAAGACUACCAGUAUGGGCCAUGGAUGAGCCAUGCUAACGUGCCGCAAAGUCAGCCUCAAUAUGUUGGGAUAGACCGCCGGGGUGCUCUUGGCGCCCAGGUCUCCCGUCGUCAGGGUCAAGCGAGCGCUGCAGCGAGUCCCCUUCUCAUCGGUCCUUUCAAUACGUAUGACCACAAUCAAUGCCCAGUCGAUUCAAGGUUGCCAGAUCUGGUCUUAGACCACAGCGACAGCUACGACUUUGAUCUUGGCAUAGAAAGAGAAACGAGGCCAGCCAUGGAUACAAUUGGCGAAAAUCAAUGCUGCUGGGCCUGA